UACCACAGCAGCUUCGAUAGAAAUAAAACUGUUCUGGUUUGUAAUGUUAUUCUGAGCUGAUCUCUUCAAAAUACAUUACAAUGAGUUCUUCUGAUAUGAAUACCAUUACUGUGAUCGGCAGCGGGCUGAUUGGCCGCUCCUGGGCUAUGGUUUUUGUCAGUGGAGGCUACAGUGUGAAGAUCUAUGACAACCAACCAGGACAGGCUGUCAAGGCCAUCGAAGAGAUCAGGAAGCAGCUGGAGGAGCUGGAGGAGGCUCACAUGCUGAGAGGAGAUCUGAGAGCCAAUCAGCAGCUCGCUCUGAUCAGCAGCCACGAUGAUCUGUCUCAGGCGCUGCAGGGAGCCUUCUUCGUUCAGGAGUGUAUUUUUGAACAGCUAGAUGUCAAGCAGAGCGUCUUCCAGGACAUAGAGCGUCUCGUGGGAGAAGACAUCAUCCUGAGCAGCUCCACCUCCUGCCUGGUGCCCAGCAACGUCUUCUCUAAAGUCCAGAACAGGACUCGCUGCAUCGUCUCCCACCCGGUGAACCCACCGUACUACGUGAAACUGGUGGAGCUGGUACCUCACCCUGAGACAGCAGCGGCUGUUAUGGACACCACCCACUCCCUGAUGACCAAGGUUGGUCAGGCGCCCAUCCGUCUGAAGAGAGAGAUCGACGGCUUUGCCCUCAACAGAGUGCAGGCGGCCAUUAUCGCCGAAUCCUGGAGGCUGGUGCAGGAUGGCGUUGUCUCUGUGAAGGACAUCGACCUGGUGAUGUCAGAGGGGCUGGGAAUGCGUUACGCCUUCAUAGGUCCCAUGGAAACAAUCCACCUCAAUGCACCUGCAGGUUUGGAGGACUACAUGAAGCGGUAUGGAGAGGGAAUAACGAGGGUCCUGAACUCCUUUGGGCCGGUACCAGACUUCUCCGGCGGAGAGGCAGCCAAAAGCAUCGCUAGUGAGAUGUGUGAGCUGGUUCCCAAAGACCCGCAGCAUCUGUCGGCCCGGAUUGAGCGGAGGGACCAGCUGCUCAUGGCUCUGGCCAAACUGAAGCAGGACCACUGAGAUGAAGUGCCCAAAAACCAGAAAAAGAACUGUGACAUUUGGUAAAAAGAUAAGAAUCAAGCUGACAGACAUCUCACAAAAAGAUAUCUUUGAAAACAGUCUGGUAUUUGUUAAGUGAUAAUGAAUACAUGUUCCUUUUAUGGAUAAUAACGGACAUAACUUCCAGUAUUUUAAUAAAAAAUCUACCCAUUAGGGAAGCAGGGAUCAAGUUUUUUCCAAAUUAACAGUACAUUUAAUAUUUUUGUCUGCAUGAUAUUAAGACUAACAUUGUGGUUAUUAGGGACUGGAAUUUAAAUCCUCUCACCACAUAAUGAUCAUCUGUGAACAAAUGUGAAAUCAUGACGGAUAAAAACCAUGAAAUACUUAGUUUACGUAAUCGUUUUAUUGUGACUUAACACAACAUGUUGGAUCCUUUUCACAUAAAAUAAUAAAACUGUGAAAUGAAA